AAGCCCAUAUUUAGAAAGCCCAUUCAACCCGAUCCUCCUCCCCACAGUGAUUCCUUCCUUUCUGCUCGUCUUCGAAUCUAAGCUCCGUCUCCCUCCUCUCUCUCUCGCCCUCUCUCUCUUUCUCUCUCUGUUUUUUUACUGGGAAGUCAAAAACAUCAAUAGAAACCGUCACCGCCAUCGCCGCCAGGGAAGCAAUGGCAACUUUAACAGCACUAAAAGCUCUCCUUGUAUUCCUUGUAACAAUAACACCAGUUCUGUUCCUGGUAAAAUCAGAAGACACGAACAAGGUCUUUUCACCCUGUUUAGACACCACUGUACAAGAGUCUGAUGGCUUCACUUUUGCUAUCGCAUUUUCAUCAAGGACAUCUUUCUUCUUCAACAGUAGCCACCAGUUGUCUCCCUGCGACCGUAGACUUGCUCUAACUGGCCAAAAUUCUCAGAUCUCUGUUUUUAGACCUAAAGUCGACGAGAUCUCUCUCCUUACUAUCAAUACCUCAUCUUUCUAUCCGGAAAAUUAUGGUGGGUAUAUGGUUGCAUUUGCUGGUCGAAAAUAUGCUGCAAGGUCUCUGCCUGCUUUUGUUGCAAACAAUACAUACACUGUGACCAGCUUUACCCUGGUGCUUGAGUUCAAAAAGGGAAGACUACAGAACUUGUAUUGGAAAAGGGAUGGCUGUGCAAAAUGUUCGGGAAACUCUAACUUUGUCUGCCUCAACAAUCAGGAUUGUGCAAUCAGAACAGCCCUAUGCAAAAGCAAUGGAGGUAGUGUUGAUUGUAGCCUUGGGAUACAAUUGGCAUUCUCGGGCACAGACAAGCACUUUUCUGCUCUCAACUCAUGGUACGAAGUGGAAAACCUUCGACAGUACUCCCUUUAUGGUCUUUACUCAAAUCUCAAGAAUUCUCUCACCAGUCAGUAUAGCAAGAUCUUCUAAUUGUGAUGUGAUGGUUUGUAGAGUUUUGGUUCCUCAUGUGUUGUGAUUUUUUCCUCAUCUCUUUUCCAAAUGGUGCAGACCUUUCAUUUCCAGUUGAUGCUCCUCUUUGUUGUAUCUCUUCAGAGUUGUGCUGUAUAAAUUUACAUACGUUAACAGUUAUUUGUGAUCUACAUGAAAAGAGAUUAAAAUGUUUAGAAUCUGUCUUUUUCAUUA